AUGAAUGGGAAAGUACAAUUAGAAAGCAAGGAAACCUUAAAAACUUUAGAAGAAAACUGUAGAAGCCAUCUUCUUGAAUAUGUUAACAAAAAUAGUGAAUGGGGGCCAGCGCAAAAGUCCCACUUUCAACAACGUUUAGAAAAAGUCAUAGAAAUAGCCUUUGAAGUUUGUAAAGAAAACGUUCAAAUAAAUGGUGUCGAGUGGGAUGAGUACAACGAAAAUUCUGAAGCUAUUGAACCCUGCGACCUUCAGCUUGUCGAAGAUCUUCGGAGAACUCAAAUUGAAGUCAAUACGCUGCUUUUAAACGUUACAAAGUCGAGGGCGGAGAUGCCCGCUAAGUUAGCAGCUCUUGCCGAGCCUAGUUUUGAAAAAAGAAUAAAGGAUUUUGAAAAUCUUCUGGAAUCCGAAGAUGAGCCAAUUAGUUUGGAAAAAGACGAGAUGUUCACAAAAGGCAAAUCACUUUUAACUUUAGAAAGUUUUAAUUUAUAG